AUGUUUGUGGGGACAUGGAAUGCUGGAGGGAAGUCGCCGCAUGAGGGCUUGAACUUGAGAGAUUGGCUCAAGUCACCUGCUCCUGCUGACAUCUAUGUUCUUGGGUUCCAGGAAAUUGUGCCGCUAAACGCGGGGAACGUGCUUGGAGCGGAGGACAAUGGGCCGGCUGUCAAGUGGCUGUCCCUGAUUCGCGAGGCGUUGAAUAGCGAUGGAUCAUCCCAAACGGAGUUUUCGGAUUCUCAGCAGAGCGAUUUGCUGCAGAGUCCCAAACCGAGGCUCAGCUUCUCGGACUUGAUGUCUCUUGAAGAUGAGCUUGACCAAGAGAACUUCGACAGGCUGCUGAGCCCUAAGCUGAGUGGCAGUGAAGAAGGCUCGCCUAGCCCGCCCAGCAUGUCUGGGAGGCACACGAGCCCAGUUUCUCGGCGUUAUUGCCUCGCCGCGAGCAAGCAGAUGGUGGGGAUAUUUUUGUGCGUGUGGGUUAGGGAAGAUCUCAGGAGGCAUGUCAGUAAUUUGAAGGUGUCAUGCGUGGGGCGAGGAAUCAUGGGCUAUCUUGGAAAUAAGGGUUCAAUCUCCAUAAGCAUGACCUUGCAUCAAACCACCUUCUGCUUUGUGUGUACGCACUUGACCUCUGGGGAGAAAGAAGGCGACGCAGUGAAGAGGAACUCGGACGUGAUGGAAAUACUGAGGAAGACGAAGUUCUCCAAUUCCUCUCGACUACAAGGGCCACCCUUUUCGCCCGAUAGCAUUCUUGAUCACGACAAAAUCAUUUGGCUAGGCGAUUUGAACUAUCGGCUAGCUUCAAGCUGCAGUGACAUGCACGAACUUCUCCAGAGGAACGAUUGGCGAACACUUUUGGAGAAAGACCAGCUUAAAAUAGAACAAAGGGCCGGUAGAGUAUUCAAAGGGUGGGAAGAAGGGAAUAUCUAUUUCGCUCCGACGUACAAGUACCUCGUUAACUCUGACCAUUACGCGGUUCAAAACUCCAAAUCUAAAGAAAAGCGUCGCACGCCAGCCUGGUGCGACAGAAUAUUGUGGAAAGGCGAUGGGCUGAAACAGAUAUGGUAUAUGAGAGGAGAGUCCAGAUUCUCGGACCACAGGCCUGUUUACUCGCUCUUCUCGGUCCAAGUGGACGUCCCGAACCGGCCCACCAUCGCCCCCACGGCCGGCCCACUUCGGCCCCUGCCUGCUUCGUGCGUGGCCAAAGUACAAGCAGAAGAGAUACUCCUCAUCACCAGAGCUCAGAGCUGCAUCUCCGCUGCUCCCAGAUUUUGAAAACCCUCCUAAAAGUCCCUUGGAAAUUUUUGGGAGAUCAAAGGUUCGAGUCCAUUCCAACUUAUCGACAGGCUCUCGAAUGAAUUGUAGUCCGGUAUCUGGGAAUCGGAUUACUUGUUUAUUUUCAUGGCCUUCGGAUCAGGUGAGACUCACUAUAUUCAAGGCCAGGAUUAGUACAGGUCAGGAGCCUAAAUCAAGUAAUUUUAAUUGUGCAAGUUGAAGUGAUGGACACCAUCAGAAAACCAUGUGGUGGGCAUGUGAUAAGGUACAUAAUUCAAAUACAUAGCAAGGCGAUGGAAGCAGGAAGAACAUUUUUGGAAGUGUCUUACCAUCCUAGCAGAGUUGCUUGAUGAGGAAUUACAAAAAUGAUCAGGUGUUUCCAUCUUUUUCAAUUUGGCGAUGGAAGCAGGAAAAACAUUUUUGAGUGAAGUGGUUAUUGAAGACUUAAAUUUUCGGGAGGAAUAUUGUGGAUUCAAACCGUAUAUACAAGUGUACAAGAUGAUGAUUCAUUUGUUUCUACUGAAGAACACCAGAUAAUGAAAGCUGGAAAGGAACUUCUUUUCCUUGACCCUAAGACAAGGAGUUCAAUUUUGAAACACGUCUUCUUCUAAUAUUAGGAAGCAGUGAAGGCUAGCUUUGUGUCUUCCUAAUCUUCUUUUCUAAUAUACAUCUUAAUGUAAAGGAUUGCGGGCAGCUUUCUGAGCUUUUUUUGAGUUCGUGUAUAGGAAGAGGAAGUUCAUACAGCUGCCUGCAUGAUUAAUGCAGCAAGACUUUGUGCCAGAUCUGGUGAUCCCUCCGACAUGGGAGAGAUGUGUUCGUAUCCCCUGUAUUUGUUUCCUCUUUCUA